GCUUACCUGGGAUUGCAACACAAAACCACUUAACUUUAAUUCACCAAAUAUGCUCUGCAAACAUUUAACACGAUUAUUAAUGUUUGAUUACGCUCAUAUUCUCACACACACACACAUAAAUUCAUCUCUUUUACAUUAUAUAACUGUACAUACACAAAUUAUAUAACUGUAAACGUCUUAGCCAAUUUAUUUAUGCCAACCUUUAUUUAAAUGACAUGCGUAAAUUACUGAGGGCACACAACAAUCGAAACGCCCGAUAUAGAUGAGAGCCAUAACUCUUAAGAUACUUUUAGCUUGCUGAAUGAAUACACACACGAACUGAACUGAAUGAAUAAAUGAUUAAGUGCUAAAGUGAAUGAAUGAAUGAAAUGGGAGAGUAAUAUUCAAAGAUAUAUAUAAAUAACAAUAGAUGAAAUGGACAAAUGUCAUUCAUUCACAGCGACGAAGUGUUGGUGGCAAGUGUAAAGAGCAGCCGAAGACAAAAGAGAAGAAGAAACAGCAGCAGCAGUAUAAGUAGUGUGCUUAAAAGGAAAAACAUUGCAGUGCUUUGUGCUAAUACUUCAAGGAAAGCGCAAAUAAAAAUAACAAAAACACAGUGAAAAAGAAGUGGUAGUCGAGAAAGGGAGAGAAGGUGGGAACUGCCACCAAAGUGGAGACAUCAAGUGUGGUCUCAUCGGUGCUAAAUUAAAUUUAUAACAUCGAGUACACGAAACAGACGUUAUCCGGCCGCCCACUGUGGUUAACACAAAAAGAUGCGAGAAUAAAAUAAAAAUCUAAAUGAAAUAAAAUAGGAAAAAUAAAAAACAAAUAUAACAGGAAAACAAAACGGCGCAGUAGAACGUAGAAGACAAAACUAAUGGGCUGCAAGUCCAUGAGGGAGCAGACGUGGCAGUCAAAUGUAAAUGGAACACUCAUUGCCGCUGAGCCGAGCGCAGCGAGCAGACAACAAUUCACAGUGCUAUCGGUGUGGUAGUUGGUCUUCAACGGCCUGUAACUGUCGACGAUAGCAUUGAACGGUAGGCGUGAGAGCGACCAACCACCGGCAAAUGUAUAAUAAAUUGCAUGAAAAACUCAAUCAUUACGCCAGCAGCAGGGAGCUAAUUUAGUUGUACACAUCACCAGCUAACAGCUAGCCCACAGCCUUGGCAACCAGUAAGGCCAACCUAACAACCGGUCAACUGCUGGUUUGUGAUUUUGGGGGCUCAGAUUGAAUGACUUGUUCACACUGCGGUAUCGCAGCAGAGGCAGAGAUAGAGGCAGCAACAACACUGUCAUUUAUUUUCGUUCACAGUUCUCAACAACAACAUCAUCAUCAACAACGACAACAACAGCAACACGUAUUAGUGGCAACGUAAUUUCAUUUGCAUUUGCAUCCCCUCAACAGCUUGAGGAAUAGCCAAAGACACGACGCAGUUGGGGCCCGGUGCAAAGGAAUGAUCGUAUUAGUUGCUGUGGCAGUCAAAGUGACGGUACCAGUAAGACAACUUAUGCCAUAGUCGCCUCGGUGUCACUUUAAGUUGCCGUCAGUGGAAUAGCAACAAAUCACUGUCAAAGGGCUCAUUGUCAUAGUGUGCGCAGUAGAGUCGGUCGAACUUUGCAGACUCUAUAGUUUAGUUUAGAGUAGGAUAGUGUCCGCUUGACGUUCAGUCGCUUGUGACAUUUUGCUACAGUAAACAUCUGCCUGUUUGUUGUCCUUCGUCGCCUGUCGUUCGCCGUGCGCCGUGCCAACGUCAUUCGUCGUUCGAAGUUCGAAGUACCCAAAGGCGUUUGUUCGGGCGGCUGUGGCAGUGGGUGGGUGAUGCCAACCCAUUGAGAGCAAAUGAUGAAGCACAAGGGUUCCAGUUAUUGCUGUCGCUGGUUCACACUUUUCUUGCUCGCCAUGGGCAUUGUUCUUGUUUCCCCAGAUAUACACACGAAUCUUGCUGACAACAAUGAACAAACGACAACCAAAGGAACAACAGCAACCACAACAACAACAAUUCAAGCAAGUACAUUGCGUACGAUGAAAAUGCUAGAAGCAAUGGGUUUUAUUGACGCCAACAGGUACAAUGUCAACGAUAAGAACAACAACAAUACCAACGACAACAACAACAACAAUAAUAAUCUUAACAACUACCAUUCAAAUAUGUUGAUUGGCAACAGCAACAGGAACAGUAAAGACAGCAACAAAAUGUACAUUAGUGCACCGAGCACCCAGGAACUGUGGAGUCAGCAAUUGCAGCAGUUAGCGGAUAGAGCGACGCCGGAGGCGGAGUUGGAGCAGGAACUGGAACAAGAACUGGAGGAACAUAUGGUUUCAACGCCUCAAUCGAUGACAAUAAUGGUCGAAAAACACACAACAAGCCCAGCAGCAGCAACCACCACAACAACAACAAUAAUACCAAAAACAAUAAGAACAAUAAAACCAAAACCAACAACCAUAGCAAAAAAAACGUUAAGCGUCAGCACGGCAACAACGUUAGCCGCAAGUAAACCGACUUGGACCACAAUUACAAUAGCAACCAGAGCAAUCACAACGCGACAUAGUGGCAGCACAAUAAAGUUGCCGCCUGACAACACGGCCAAUAUAAAUGUCAGCGGCAUAAAUGCGAAAGGCACAAUGAUAUAUAAGCAACAGCUUCAAAGGCAACACGAACAGCAAAAGCACCAUUGGCAGCAUGAAAGGCAGCAACGGCAACAACAACAGCAACACGCACAGGCACAGGUUGUUAAUGCUGGCAAUAGAAGAGCAGACAAGCCGCAAAAGUACAUUGGCAAUACUUUGCUAGGCGACAGCGGCAGCACGCAGGCAUCUACAGCAAUGGUUGUGGCAAUGCCUGAGAGGCGUGGCGGUGGGUUGGCGAAUGUGACAGCUACAGCACAAACGCAAAUAGCAAUCAACAGUAAUAGCAACAGCAACAGCUAUAGCAGCGGCAUUGUUGAUGGCAUUUCAACGCCAAUAACUGCAACAACAACAAGAAUAACUGUAGAAGAUACAAUAAUAAUAACGCCAACACCAGCAACAACAACAACCACAAUAACAGCACAAAGCAAGCAAUUUAAGUCAGCGCGUAUUUUAUACGAUUACAAAGCAACCGACGCCAAUGUCGACUUGAAGCGCACGACGGAAACGGAUGCACGAACGAUUGUGGCAAGGCACGAGGAAAUGGAAGUGGUUCGUCAAUAUCAACACAAAUUCUCCAGCUCAUACUUAGAUGCCGAUGGCAACAAAGACCACGGCAACACGCACAGUUUUGCGGCUCUCGUACAAUUGUUGGCAAAGCAGCAACAACAACAGCAAAGGCAGCAGCAGCGCAGUCGCUGGGUGCGUCAAACGGAGGAGGAGCCGAUAGACAAAUGCCGAAAGUUUAAUGAGGGUGAUGCGGCGAAAAAUGAAUUCUACAGUCCCGAUUAUCCGAACGAUUACCCAAAGAACAUCAGCUGUACACGCGUGAUUAUAGCGCCGCCAGGACAGAUAAUCCGUUUAGAUUUUCGUAAUUCAUUCCACAUUGAAGCGAAAGAGGAAUGCAAAUUUGAUGUUCUCGAGAUACGUGAUGGCCAGUACGGCUUCUCGAACCUGCUUGGCAAAUUUUGUGGCACUGAUUUUCCACCGGAAAUCACAUCGAAGGAACGUUACCUUUGGUUGCAUUUUCAAUCGGAUGAGAGUAUCGAGUAUUCAGGGUUUACUGCUGUUUAUGAAUUUAUGGAUCGAAGUAAAGAAGCGCCCACCACCGAUCUGAACUGCACAAUCGAAAAGUCGGGUUUCGAGGAUUACGUCAACUCCACCGAUGUGCCCGAAGACAUCCGUGACACUGUAAUCAAAAAUCGAGUACCGUUAGAUUGCAUUUGGCGCAUACAGGUGCAGGAGAACUGGAAGAUACAAAUGAAAUUCGUGGAUUUCCGUUUGAUCAAACCGAAUGACUGUGAUGCGAAUUUCUUGGACAUCUUUCCCGAACAAACCAUCAUGCCUCUUAGAAAAAAAAACUUUUGCGGUUCUGCAGGUGAAGGCAUCACAUCCGAUUCGAAUACGCUGAAUAUUCGUUUCUUUGCCGAGCCAGCGGCCAUCAAUUCAACAUUUUCCAUUUUAUUUACGGCUUUUCGAGAUAAAGGAUCUGGGGGUUGCACUGAAGAAGAAUACGAUUGUGAGGAUGCCACAUGCAUUGACCUCAAACUCAAGUGUAAUUCACGUGACAACUGUAAAUUUCGUUGGGACGAGGAUAAUUGUAAUAAAGAAACCUCGGAAGGAUCUGAGCAUAUUUACAUUAUCAUGGUUGUCUUCGGUCUAAUCUUGGGUGGUAUGAUUUUGACAUUCCUCGUGAACUGCAUACGCAAGAUAAUGCAUGAUCAGAAAAUCAUACGGGAGCACAUACGUCAAUCGAAGGAGAGCAAACUAAACGAGUUGGGCCGCAAUUCGAAGGCGCGCUCAAGGGAGAAUUUAUCGAGCACAAUGCCGAGACCCAAACAUUCGCAGACAUCGUUGCAAAUACUUAACGACGCAUCGAAUCGUUAUUAUCGCGAGGUGGUGCCUAUGUCGCGCGCCAGCAGCAAAAGCGAUCUCAAGGAGCGUGAACAAAGCAUUCUACGGCAACGAAACGAUAUCGUGGUGCAGACAAGCUUUUGCGUGGAUGACAACAGCUCCGAGGCGACGGUGGAGGCAGCGAUGGCGGCAAAUGCCUGCGAUAUGGGCUGUCAGACGCGCGAAUCGCUCUUCGCCACACCGUUGAUGCACCAGAACUCGAUGGGCUCGCUAAAGGACAAGACCAGCCUACAUUCGCGUUCACGUUUCUCCACAUUCGGCUACGAGGCCGCACAGCCGAUGCCACCACCACCACAGCCAGCUACCGCCCGUGGUGGCCAACUAACGGGACUAAAUAUACGCGACGCACGGGAAUACAUUGAGAUGCGCGAGCGACAUCCCGCCCCUAAGCCCAAAAUGCCGCAUAUGCAUCGCAUGGAUGCAUUGCCGCCCACACCGCCCACGCCAGCUGUGCCACCGGAGAUGUGCCACCAUCAUCAUCAACAUGCCGCACAUACGCAUGUACACACGCAACAACAACAACAACAGCCGCAGCACCAGCAGCAGCAAUCACGCCAGCAAUCAGCGCAGCAACAGCAACAGUUGUCGAUGCAGCCAUCCAAGGAGAGUAGGGGCGGUGGUGGCAGGUCAACCGCGGCAGCAACAACAACAGUAACCACGGCGACAUCAGCUCAGGGAAAAGGCAAGCCAAAGCUAAGUCAAUCGACAGCUUACAUAGACAUUAGAAAUUCAGCGCCGGAUGUCAUCAUAAUGACAUCACAUUGACAUUUAAGUAACUCAGCGAAAAUCAUGCCAUAUCCACAUGGGAGCGCACAACAGCAACAAUAACAAAACGCAUUAGCACACUCGACCGGCUAUGGGAAUGUGCUGGCAACAGCAAAACGGCCAAUGUUGGUGCUACGGAGCGAGAAUUUGAGUGAAAAACGCACACAAAUUAGGAAGUCAUUUGGAUAGGUAAAGCUUUUAAGCGCACGGAUGUGCAGACACAUACCCAAACAGCCACAUAUACUCAAUGUAUGUAGCUUGAAGUCACACAACUUUCUUUAUUAAAUGCUUGAUUUGCCAAAUGUUAUUCGGAACAAUUAUAUUGAGGUUAUGUUGGGGCAGGAAAUCGAUGAAUUUCAUUUCGAAACGCUUUAAUAUCCUAAAAUAUGUAUUAUUGACCUAAAAUAUGUAUUGAAUAUCAACUUUUUAUUUAACGCUGGUCUUUAAGAAUAAUUUUAAGACAAGUUUUAAUUCAAUAAAUCGAAAUUAAGAGAUUCAUGCUUUCAUAACUUGGAGGUAACCAUGUUUUACAUUAGAUAUUGUUUUAAUCGGUAUUUAAUAAAAAAUGAAUUAAGUUUUAAAUUAUUUAAAUAAUUAUUAAAAUAAUUAAUUAAGCAGGGGUUGCUUAAAUGGCUAUGAAUUUUGAAUAUCAGAUUCAUAUGACGACCCUCUAUUUUAUACAUUUUAGUGUCAGAAGAAAAUUAUAAAUAAUUUUAGAAAAAUCUAUAUCAAUAAACAAAGUCCUUUCAUCAUAUUUCUAUUAAGCAAUACUUGGGUUCGCGUUUCUCUAAAUAGCAGGAAAUAGCACCCAAAAAACAUUAAAUAUCUACGUUGUGCUUAAGGCUUUUUUAAAUUUUCGUCUGAGCUUCGUCUGGCGAGUAGUUUUGCCUUUAAGAUAUGCUCUUUCUAUAAUUGUAUAUAUUGUACAUUGUUCUUUCAUAUAGUCAUAUAUCGAUUUCAAAACGCAGAAAACGGUGUAUUAAAGUUACGACAAAGUCUAAAAUGUAGAUAAAAGUCAAGCAGCCAUAGCAAAACUCUUUCUGAUAUUGGUCAAAAUUAUCGAAACUACUGAUAAAACUGACCGCACUUAAAAUUAUUUUUAAUGGAAAUCAUAGUUAUUGAAUUUCUGACCAAAAAGGGGUAAUCAGGAAAGAGACACAUUACGAUGAGAUCAUUGAAACAAACUUGAACCAAAGGUUACGUGUCUAGUCAAAAUUGAAUUUAGUGCUGAAAGCUAUAAUUAACUUAAGGGGUUAUAUCCACUUGUGAAUUUUAAAACUCGAAUUUGUUUGCACAUAUUUGAGAAUAUUCUCGAAUUAUUGAAAUAGACCAGGCAAAUAGUUUCGGAGAAAUGAGCGUAUUGCUAUUUUAACUUAGUGCAAUCGUCCCUCAAAACUUUAAAAGCGUUUGUCACAGUCACAGUUCUUUUGGGAAAUCGCUUUGGCAGAAAUUAACAUUUUGACUAGUCCUACGACUGUUACCUGUUUAUAUCUAAAGUAACAAUUUUUUUUUUUAGUUUUUGGGGUUGAAAUAAUUUUAAGCAGAAAAAUCUUCCAUACAGCCAGACAUGGCUUUUCGGAGGUCCUCUUGGAAAUCAACUAUUGGAUCAAAGAAAUCCAACAAUUUUCAAAAUGAAUUGCCGAUAAAAAAGUACAUUAAAUUCUGUUAAUGCGCAUUUUUAUUUAUUUAUUAAAUAAAUUCCUCUUGACAAAAAAAAACGUGUUUCGUGUCAUGCAAGUGGAUAUAUCCUGAAUCUUAUCUUGUGCGUUCUAUCCAUAUUAGGCGUAAGAAAUAAUAAAUAAUAAUUUUAAGUUAAAAACGAUGUUAGGACGAUUGUUGGUAGGAAGGGAAUCUGAUUAUUUUUAUCGCUUUGAUGUACAAAUCUUCUUGGAAAUCUAUCACAUAUAUAUACUAAUUUUAAAUUAAAUAUUUAAAAAUUAAUGUAAAUUAUUGAAAGAGUCUUAAAUACUUUAGUACUUCCGCAGCAAUACUUGGUUCGAAGAAGUGGACAGGACGGGGUUUUAUAAAACGUGUAAAUAUCUCAAGCCGGUAAUUGAAUUACGGAAGGUUGUAUAAUUAGUGACAAUGAAAUCUUAAUAUUCCCUUGGAUGGGAUAUAUUUGAGAAGGUGAUAAAGGGCAGAAUAUGAGAAUUACUAUAAUAUACAUGUUUUUUUUAGCAAAAUGCAAUGAAAGGUGGCGCAAAUAAUGUAAUAAAUUUCAUUACAUUAUUACAAAUUUUGAUUUCGAAGUAUUCCUUGAACCAAAAAAAUCGAGUCUAAUACCAGCGCUGUAACCUCUAACUUAGUACAUUAAUUAGCACAGCCGUGAGACUUGUCCAUGUCCGAACGUUAACUUAAUUGCUAAUAAGGAGUUCAGCAACCCUUCCUUGUAAUAUAUUUGUAUUAUUUCACGUUACUUAAAAUAUAUCAAACAAAAAGCUAAGGAAUGUUGCAAAAAAUAGUUUUUAAUGGUGAUUUGCAGAUACUGCCCGGUGCUAAUUAUCUUUGAUAUCUAAGAUAAGUUGUCUUUGAUUCACCAAGGGUUGGAGAGUAGUGAAUCGAACAAACUAUACCGGUUAGUCAAAUAAACAAAUUGACAAAUGAUUUUUUUUCGCGACCAAAACAUUUUAGUAAUCUCUUUGUUUCGUAUCGUGUGCUUUCUAUAAAUAACUAUAAUUUAUAUUUUUAUUUCAUGUUAUUUAUAAAAGAAAUCCUAAAUCACAAUACGUCACCCGUUAAUUUUUAUAUUAAGAGCUCAAACUUUGCUAGAAUUUUUUCUCAUUGUUUCGGACGAUAUUUCAGAGUUUUAUGUAAAAAAAUUAGAUUUUAUUUGUUUUGGCCAACCCUAAUAUGCAUGCAUAUUUUAUAUAAAAAAUCACAAACGGAUAAUUAUUUAGUACAUUAAUCAUACAAAAUUACAAAUAUAUUAUAUAUAACAUACUCGUAAUGAAAUAACAUAGCAGCUAAUACGAUACUCGUUAAAGGUUAACUUAUAGCGAAUUUUUGAAGUGAUUUUUAAAAACAAAAAAACUUUCUAUCGAACUAAAAAUAAAAUUUAGUGAAAUAUUAUAAAUAAAAUAACUAUAAACAAUAAUUUAUAACUUUAGGAAAUCUAACUUUCACUAACUAUGACAGAAUUUCGCUAGGGACAUCACAUACAAACAUUUCGAAAAAAACUAAGGAUAAUAAUUAUUAAUAUUAUUCCAUAUUUAAAAAAUAACAACAAAAUUCAAAUUUACAUUACACUAAUUAAUGAAGAAUAAUGCAGCGGAAAAUUUAGAAUUUUACAAACUUUUUUGGGACCACAAGUAUCACGUGACACAUGAAUUACUUUGACAUAUUUACACACAUUUAAUUUUAGAGGUUAGUAGUUUACAUGUUUUUGGUUAGCUCAGCAUUUAUAAAAUAAUAUGUUUAUAGCGGAAAUAUUCAAUUGUAAUACAUAACUUAACACAAACAUAUUAUAUAUGUGUGUAAAUAAAUGUUUUGUCAUGUGUUAUGUAAAUAUGUGUACAUGGAAAUGGUAAAUACAUACAUCGCAAAACUUGUAAAUUUCUCUUAGCGAAUUAUUGAGUUGAACUCCACUAGAAUAAAUGUUAAUAGCAAAAAAUUUCAAAUAGAAAAUAAGAAUUAUAUUUCUAAAUAAUUGAAUUAAAUGUGUGUGGUGUGUAACUAAAAGAUUUGCACAAUGAUAUACAUAAGAAUAAACAAACAUAUACACAUUUGUUAUAACUUAGCCUAAUACCAUACAUAUUGUACAUAUGUAUAACAUGUAUAUGUAUGUGCAUGCUAUAUGCAUAUACCGUAAUAAAAAAUGUGUAAAUUUAGCGUUUGUUAAAGUGCGAUUCUAUUUUGAAUAAAAAAACUAUGAAAGGUAAAA